GGUCGGAUUGAGAAUAAAUGAAUUCGGUCGGAUUGAGAGUAAUUGAAUUUGGUCGGAUUGAGAAUGUGUUUGAAUUUGGUCGGAUUGAGAGCCUGUUUGAAUUUGGUCGGAUUGAGAAAAAUUGAAUUUGGUCGGAAUAAUCAACAAACAAAAUCUCGGAAAUGUACAAAUCCCCCUCAAGCAGGUAUCGCCUCAGUUAUUACGUCAUCCAUGUAUGGUAAAGGGCAUGUAGCGCUUAAUAAAGUCAAUUCUUACGAAAAUCAGAAUUUCCAUUCUGGUACUCCACGACCAUUUAAUAAGCCUAAUACCCAGGCCGCUGACGGCACUUCGGCGCAGCCGUAUGGUAUUUACCUCCCAUGCCGGCUGCCGGACCACCAUACAUCAGCUCCGUUUUAGGUUUAUCGGGGCAGUGUAGUGCAAAUGUGUAUAUCGGCUGCUAACAUAACUCAACACUUCU